UCGGAAUCAAGAUGGCUGCUGUUACCUUCUGCCGGGUGACCGGAGCCCGAGCAAUGUCACGUCCCCAGAUCACAUCCGUGGCGACGUGUCUCCCCAUUGUCCUGCAGCAGAGGAAAGUGCACCAUGCUGUUAUUCCACACGGGAAACCUGGUCGUUCUGCUGUGAGCGGAGUUGUUGCUACAGUUUUUGGAGCAUCGGGCUUUCUUGGCCGAUAUGUUGUCAACAGACUGGGGCGCAUUGGUUCUCAGGUUAUUAUACCCUAUCGUUGUGAUCCGUAUGACAUCAUGUACCUUCGGCCAAUGGGAGAUCUGGGACAGUUAAUAUUUAUGGACUGGGAUUCAAAGGACAAAGACACCAUAAGAAAAGCCUUGCAAAACUCCAACGUUGUCAUUAACUUAAUCGGAAAAGAGUGGGAAACAAAGAAUUUUAGUUAUGAAGAUGUUUUCGUGAAUAUUCCGAGAGAUCUUGCACUCCUAGCAAGGGAGGCUGGAGUAGAGAAAUUUAUCCACAUGUCCCAUCUUAACGCUGACCUGAAAAGCCCGUCAAAGUAUUUGAGGAAUAAGGCUGUUGGAGAGGAUGCUGUUAGGGAGGCUUUCCCAGACGCAAUCAUCAUGAAGCCUUCAGAAAUAUACGGCAGGGAGGACAGAUUCUUCAAUCAUUAUGCAAACAUGCGAUGGUUUGGUGGAGUGCCUCUCAUCGCCUUUGGAAAGAAGUCCGUUAAACAGCCAGUUUAUGUGGUCGAUGUGGCCAAGGCAAUUCUAAAUGCUAUCCAUGAUCCUGAAUCUAAAGGAAAAACAUAUGCUUUGGUCGGUCCUAACCGCUACCUUCUCCAUGAUCUGGUAGAGUACAUCUUUGCCGUUACCCAUAGACCUUUUGUCCCUUAUCCAAUACCUCGUCCACUUUACCGCUUAAUUUCAAGAUUCUUUGAGAUCAAUCCCUUUGAACCAUGGACAACGCGGGACAAGGUUGAUCGCUUCCACACUACGGAUAAGAAGUUCCCAGACCUUCCUGGACUGGAGGAUCUUGGCAUCGUUCCAACAUCUGUGGAGCAAAAGGGGAUAGAGGUGCUGCGCCGCCACCGCAGAUACCGCUGGCUGGAGGCUGAUCUGGAUGAAGCCAAACCUGCAAACACAGUAAACCAUUAGCAAGUAACUGAAAAUACAAAGCACCUCUUAAUCUGUGAGCUUGUUCUGCUGUUUCUCGAGAGGUUGAGCAGACUGAUUACACCGUUUGUGUACAUAAAUAAAGUAAUCUUAUAUGA